AGAAUGUAGCACACCAAGCCAGCCCAUCAUGGCCCAUCUCAAUCAUUCUGUGCGGUCAUUGUUCUGUUGUUGCUGUUGUGCAGUGCAGACUAGUUCUCACCUGAGUGUAAACGAGGGCAGACGCUUCCACUCAGGACAUGGCAACAGAAGCGAGCACUCCCGCCGCAAGCUGCCCCUGCCACCUCCUGAGGACGACAACAGUCCGAGGAAGAAGGUGCUGGCCAUGUAUGACUUUGUGGCCCGCGAGCCCACUGACCUGACGCUGCGGAAGGGAGAGGAGUACACCAUCCUACACAAGCAGGACCAGCUGUGGUGGAGGGCAGAGGACAAAUACGGCAAUAAGGGUUUCAUUCCCAGUAACUAUGUGACAGAAAAGGACACAAUUGAAGCUAAUCUAUGGUACUGCAAAAACAUUACAAGAGCCCAGGCGGAGCAACUACUACAGCAAGAGGGUAAAGAGGGGGGAUUCAUAGUGAGAGACUCCAGUCAGCCCGGAAAUUACACGGUGUCAGUGUAUACUAAAGCUGUCAGGAAGGAGGGAGAUGUGAAGCACUACCAGAUAAGGCACUCUCCUGCGGGCCAGUUCUUCCUGGCUGAGAGACAUGUUUUCAGUUCUAUACCUGAGCUCAUCCAGUACCACCAGUUCAACGCUGCAGGUCUGAUUUCCAGGCUGCGCUACCCUGUGGGGGCGAUGGGCCGCUGUGAGCCGGCCACCUCAGGCUUCAGCUCAGAUAAGUGGGAGAUUAACCCGGCGGAGCUGACCUUCAUGAAGGAGCUGGGCAGUGGGCUGCAGGUGGUGCGACUGGGCAAGUGGAGAGCGCAGCACAAAGUGGCCAUCAAGGCCAUCAGGGAGGGAGCCAUGUCUGAGGACGACUUCAUCGAGGAGGCCAAGGUCAUGAUGAGACUGUGUCACCCUAAGCUGGUGCAGCUGUACGGUGUGUGUCUGCGGGAGCGGCCGAUGUGUAUCGUGACAGAGUUCAUGGACAACGGCUGCCUGCUUGACUUCCUGCACCUCCACACGGGCAGCAUGGGUAAAGACCAGCUGCUGGCUCUGUGCCAGGAUGCUUGUGAGGGGAUGGAGUACCUGGAGCUCAACAACUUCUUACACCGAGACCUGGCUGCACGCAACUGUCUAGUGAACAAGAGCAACGUGGUGAAAGUCUGUGACUUUGGCAUGACCAGAUAUGUUCUAGACAAUCAGUACGUCAGCUCCAUGGGUACCAAGUUCCCAGUGAAGUGGUCUCCCCCUGAGGUUCUGCACUUUUAUAAGUACAGCAGCAAGUCUGAUGUCUGGUCCUACGGUGUGUUGAUGUGGGAAAUUUUCACAGAGGGGCGGGUCCCAUUUGAGAACCGGACCAAUCAAGAGGUGGUGGAGGAGGUCACCCAGGGCAAUCGUCUGUACCGCCCACACAAGGCCUCGCCGAAGGUCUAUGAUAUUAUGUUCAAAUGCUGGGAUGCGAAGCCACAAGAACGUCCAUCUUUCUCUGAACUGCUAGUUAACAUCCGAGAACUGGCAGAAGAGUCGUAGCAGACAGCCUAGGCAAGCAGAUACACAAUCAGAGAGACACCGAGACAGCCAAAUACAAGACUGACUCAUAAAUAUUAAAAACAGAACAGAAGGACACAAACAAAUAUGUAGUGAAAGAGGUUGGCAGUACAAAAUCUGACUGACUGACUGACUGACUGACUGACAGACAUGCAUCCAGAGUUGCAGCCAAGGCAACAAACACAAAUGCCCCGAAAACAGGGUGUGGAUAUGCUAGUAGUGACUCCUUAGACAACAAAAGACAGCUGACAAUUGUGUAAAUAAAAAGGAAAAUACUAUAUACAACAAUGUUGAAUUCCAUGUACAAAAAAUAUAUAUGUAAAUAAAACCUCUUUGCUCUUC